CGUCUGCGUCACGCUGUUGAAUAACAUUGCAGGGUAGGCUAGCUUAGAGCGACAUGGUUAAAUAAAGGUGUGAAUCUAAAAUAUAAUGUCGACAGUGUGCAUUCAUUUUAAAUAGCUUUGUGCCGAUUGAGAUUAUGGCAGCGUCGUUGUUGCAGCAUCGUGUUAGUCUUUGUACGAAAUAUAAAAGAAGCUUAGCGUGGACAUGGUCAAGGCAAAACUGUCACAUAUUAGCCCGCAGGGCGACGUCGAGUGACACCGUCAACAAUGUGCUUUUAAGAAAGAUGCUUUUUGCAGUGUCCGAGAGGACUCUUACUGGACAGCGUCGAAAAGUAAUCCAGAGUCUUCUCUACAGACCAAUGAGGCUCACGCUGGCUGGAAUCAGCAGCGAGUUAGUCAGGAACAAUCUGUUUACAAAUCCCGUGGGUUUAGUAAAUUUAUUAGGGGCAACAAACUUCUUCAGUACAUCCCAGUCUAAAGAAACAAAAGAUAAAAACAAUAAACCAAAAGGAAAAACCCCAGAGGAAGAUGAAGAGGAAAAGAAACGUCGCGAGCAGGAAGACCAGAUGUACAGAGAGCGCCUGCGGACCCUUUUCAUAAUAGCACUCAUCAUGAGCCUUCUAAACUCGAUUAACACCAGCGGUGGUAACAUCUCUUGGAAUGAUUUUGUUAAUGAGAUGUUGGCUAAGGGAGAGGUGUCACGUGUCCAGGUGGUGCCUGAAAGUGACAUUGUCGAAAUCUACCUUCACCCUGGGGCAGUGAUCUUUGGCAGGCCUAGGCUUGCACUCAUGUAUCGAAUGCAAGUCGCCAACAUAGACAAAUUUGAGGAGAAGCUGAGGGCUGCUGAGGAGGAGCUGAAUAUUGACACAAAGGACCGGAUACCUGUCUCCUACAAACGCACUGGAUUUUUUGGAAACGCAUUGUAUGCUCUUGGGAUGGCGGCAAUUGGCGUGGCUAUUCUCUGGUACAUCUUUCGUUUGGCAGGCAUGGGUGGCAGAGAGGGUGGCUUCAGUGCAUUUAAUCAGCUUAAGAUGGCCAAAUUCACCAUUGUGGAUGGCAAGUCGGGUAAGGGUGUGAGCUUUAAAGACGUCGCAGGCAUGCAUGAGGCAAAGAUGGAAGUGAAAGAAUUUGUUGACUAUCUCAAGAAUCCUGAGCGAUACCUCCUUCUGGGAGCCAAGGUUCCAAAGGGGGCAUUGCUGCUCGGACCCCCAGGCUGUGGAAAAACUCUGCUAGCGAAGGCUGUUGCCACAGAGGCACAGGUCCCAUUCCUGGCAAUGGCUGGCUCAGAAUUUGUUGAGGUCAUUGGAGGUCUGGGUGCUGCCAGGGUGAGGAGCCUUUUCAAGGAGGCUCGUGGCCGGGCGCCCUGCAUUGUCUACAUUGAUGAGAUUGAUGCUGUAGGGAAGAAGCGCUCAACCAACAUGUCUGGGUUCUCCAAUACCGAGGAGGAGCAGACACUCAACCAGCUGCUGGUUGAGAUGGACGGGAUGGGAACGACUGACCAUGUGAUUGUCCUGGCCUCCACAAACAGAGCAGACAUUUUGGAUAACGCUCUGAUGAGACCUGGCAGAUUGGACCGGCACAUCUUCAUUGAUCUUCCAACCUUGCAGGAGAGGAUGGAAAUUUUUGAGCAGCAUCUGAAGAUCUUGAAACUUACUCAACCAGCCAACUUCUACUCACUGCGCUUGGCUGAGCUCACUCCUGGCUUCAGUGGCGCUGACAUUGCUAAUAUAUGUAACGAAGCUGCCCUGCAUGCUGCCAGAGAGAGGCACAAGUCAAUUGAUACUUUCAACUUUGAGUAUGCAGUGGAGAGAGUAAUAGCAGGAAGCGUAAAGAAGAGUAAGAUCCUCUCCAAAGAGGAGCAGAGGGUGGUUGCCUUCCAUGAAUCGGGGCAUGCUUUAGUUGGGUGGCUGCUUGAGCACACAGAGGCAGUCAUGAAGGUGUCCAUUGCUCCUCGGACAAAUGCGGCCCUGGGGUUUGCCCAGAUCUUGCCACGUGAUCAGUACCUGUUCACCAAGGAGCAGCUGUUUGAGCGGAUGUGCAUGGCUCUGGGAGGAAGGGCUGCAGAAGCAAUUACCUUUAACAAGGUUACAACAGGAGCUCAGGAUGACCUACGUAAGGUGACACGCGUGGCCUACUCAAUGGUGAAGCAGUACGGCAUGUGUAACAGUGUCGGCCAAGUUUCAUUCCCCGAAACAGAGGAGCAAGGUGCUAUUGGGCGGAGACCUUUCAGCCAAGCACUCCAGCAGCAGAUGGACCACGAGGCUAAAAUGUUGAUAGCUCGCGCCUAUCGGCAUACAGAGAAGCUGCUCAUGGACAACAGAGACAAGUUGACAUUGUUGGCCAAUGCUCUGUUAGAGCGAGAGGUGGUGAACUAUGAUGACAUAGAGGCUUUGCUGGGUCCUCCACCUCAUGGGCCAAAGAAGAUGAUCGCCCCACAGAGCUGGGUAGAAGCUCAGAGGGACAAACAAGACACAGGCGAAGACGAACCACAGCCACCUUCACGCAGACGCAAUGAAGACGACAUGAAUCCAGAGAUGAUCUGAAGAAAACUAAGUCUGGUGCGCACCCAACACAUCUCAUCUCUCCAAGGACACCACUCCCACAAUGAAACAUGGUGGUGACAGCAAUGUGCCGAGGGGAUGCUUCUUAAUAGCAGUCACUGAGAAACUGGUACGAGUCGAGGGAAAGAUGGUUGGUGCUAAAUGCAGUGAUAUUCUUGAGAAAAACAUGUACCAGUCUGUAAGUGACUAUCAAACUUGAAGGAGCUGGAGCAGUUUUCCCUUGAGGGAGGACAGGGGGGGACAUGUCCCUUGCACCUUUUUCAGAUGGCAGUUUUGGUUCCUUGCACUUUUUUACUGUCCAAAAACAAUGUAACAAGAUAAUAAACUGACACUUGACAAGCACUGAGCCACGCGGGAAACCCCUGCCAAUUACAGCAGUGCAUUGGCCAACACUGUAUCUGCAACACUUCAU